AUGGCCCCGUCGCUUGAGCAGUUUAUUGAGUGCCAGGUGUGCGUGGUGACCGUCGACGGCCGCGUUUUUGUCGGCUCCUUGAAGGGUUUCGACCAAGUGACGAAUUUGGUGCUCUACAACUGCUCGGAGCGCGUGUUCAGGAAGGGCGCUGCUUUCGAGGACCUUCCUCUCGGCAUCUACUUGAUUCGCGGCGACAACAUCGCGCUGGUGGGAGAAAUGGACGUUGAGGUAGACAAGACCCUCGAGGGCCUCGAGGCGGAGCCGCUGAAGCCGGUGGUCUACUGA